GCGCACAUUUUGAAAUGUGUCAUAGCUCUUGGUGGUGUUUACUUGCGCUUGAAUCUAUGAUGAGAAACAUGGCGGACGAAGUUGAUGUUGAUAUUGAAGGAGAUGAAUACGACGAAACUUUCAGCGACUUUGCUGGAGGAGAUGGUGCUAUCCUUCAAGAUCAGUAUUUGCAAUCUGCGUGGAAGGACAAUAGCAGCAUACUGCCUUGGACAUUAGACAGCUCCAUCAGUGCAGAAAACAGGGAGGUGAUUGAGAACAUGCUUCUGGAAGAGCAGUAUUAUCUCACUGGCAAAGCAGCACCGAAAGGUGUGUGGACCAAUGAGAAGCCAAAAGCUAAAAAGUCCCCUAUGAAGGCGGCUCCAGCAGCAGCUCGCUGGGCUCAGGAGGAGAAGGCUCUUUUCGAGAAAGGACUGGCACAGUAUGGUCGUAGAUGGACAAAAAUAGCCAAGCUUAUUGGCAGCCGCACCGUGCUGCAGGUGAAGAGCUACGCCAGGCAGUAUUUUAGGAACAAGGCUAAAUCUGAGCCUCCUCCUGCAUCUUCAUCCAACGAGCCUGCAGAGCUUCAGCCCACUGCAGUCGAGAAACCCACCAAGACCCACAUCAGCGCGCUGGCUAACGCCGUGCGGAUUGAGACGCUGUCUGGCGACGAGGACGAGGACGUGGACAUUACAGAUGAUCUCAGCGAUGAUGACGACGUCGACUCGCAAACUGACCAGCUGCCAGAGACGGGCGGAGGGCAGGAGGAUUUCGAGGAGCAGGACAGCCAGGGAGAGGGCAGCCAGAGUCCCCAGUCGCCCCCGACACCAGCCAGUCCCACAGACUCGCCAGCCACGCUAGCAGAGGCAAGCAGCGAUGGUGGGGCAGUGGAAGGGGACAGUGGGGCAAACUGUGGAGCCCUGCUUGAUCCCAGUGUCACUGAGGAGGAAAAUAAAACUGACCAUGAACCAGCGAGCCACGAGGGGGGACCUCAAACAGAAGAGGAGAAAAGUGACGACCUUGGCACAGACAAACCCGAGUGUACUGAUGAAGAGGAGCAGGACGAGGAGGAAGAGAUCAGGGCUCCUGAACAGGAAGUGACAUUAGACAAGGAUGAAAUCACUGAGGAAGAGAAGCAGGCUAUCCCAGAAUUCUUUGAGGGCCGAUCGGCGAAGACGCCAGAGAGAUACCUUAAAAUCCGGAACCACAUCCUGGAGCAAUGGGAGAAAUGUAAACCCAAGUAUCUGAACAAAACAUCAGUGCGGCCUGGUCUGAAGAACUGUGGCGAUGUGAACUGCAUUGGCAGAGUGCACACUUAUCUAGAGCUCAUCGGAGCCAUCAACUUCAACUGUGACCAGGCCAUCUACAACAGGCCCCGGCCGGCAGACCGCUCCCGCCUGAAGGAGGGCAGGGACACGCUGGAGGCCUAUCAGCUGGCACACCGGCUGCAGUCCAUGCGCACAAGGAAGCGUAGAGUUCGGGAUGUGUGGGGAAACUGGUGCGAUGCCAAAGACCUUGAAGGACAGACAUAUGAGCACCUGAGUGCUGAGGAACUUGCCCUUAGAAGAGAAGAGCUGAAGAAGAGGCAGCCCAGGCCUUUUAAGCAGGCCAGACUCAAGGGGUCCAUUGAUCCUUUCCAGCUUAUCCCAUGCAAAGUUUUUGGAGAGGAGAAACAGGAACCAUUCCAGGUGAUCGUCAGUGCUGAAGCCCUGGUUGUCAUGGAUAUGCAUGCUCAUGUGUCCAUGGGCGAGGUGAUUGGUCUGCUCGGUGGGGCGUUCCUCGAGGAGGAUAAAGUGUUGAAGAUCCAUGCUGCUGAGCCCUGUAACAGUCUGAGCACGGGUAUGCAGUGUGAGAUGGACCCUGUCUCCCAGACCCAGGCCUCUGAGCUGCUGGCAGCCAAGGGACACAGCGUGGUGGGCUGGUACCACUCCCACCCGGCGUUCGACCCCAACCCCUCAGUGCGGGACAUUGACACACAGGCCAAAUUCCAGAGCUACUUCUCCCGUGGAGGAGCGCCGUUCAUUGGGAUGAUUGUGAGCCCGUAUAACCCCACCAACGCCUCCCCAGUGUCCCAGACCACCUGCCUGGUGGUGAGCGAAGAGGAGGGACCAGCAGGCCCUCAGAGGCUGCCUUACAGGUUUGAGCUGCAGCACUCCUCCGAGAGGCCGGACUGGGAGGAGGUGAUGAGGAGAGCCGAAUGGGUCGUGCAGAAGUACAGGCAAACACACGGGAGUGUACCUUUAGACAGGAUCUUCCGCAGAGACUCUCAACUCACUUGCCUAGAAAAGAUGCUUGCAUCAAUGAAGACCUAUCUGGAGCUCAUACCAGCGGUUGAAGUCAACACGUUCUUGGUCCAGGUUGAGACUCUAUUUGUCACUCAGUUUUCCUGCGGAAGUGAAGGGAAUGAUGUUGGAGACGAUGGCAGCAGUGCUGCUGUUUUCUUGGAUGAACCAGUGAUGCAGGAUCAUGUCUAUACCCUCUCGUCCCCCGGGCAAGUCAUAGAUGAUGACAUUUCCUAUGCUGAGGAAGUAUUUACAGAGGAAGGAUCAAACACGAAUCUCCCAGACUAUGACAACCAAUGCAAUACAGUGACAUUUUGAUCAUCAGGUUCUGUCGGUGGAACACCAUAUUGAAGCUUGUGAAGAACUUGACCGUAGUACUUCAUUAACGUGCAACCAGUCUCCAGAUCAGAUGUUCAUGUAGCAGCUAAGUGCAGUAUAUAGCAGUAUUAUUAAAUAGUUUUUUGGUCCCUCAAAGCAAUGAUUCGGAUUAAGCAAACAUUACUGUAAUGAAUAUUUACAAUUUUAAACUGGGUAGCAGGCAGCUAUGCUGUAGCAUAAUAUGCAUUUUUAAGUAACAUCACCAUUGUGGUUUAUAACAAAUAUAAUAGAUAGUUUAGUCAAACUGAAAUAAUGUAUUCUGUACACUGUAUGAAAUAAAACUGGAAUAGUUCAUGGUA